ACAUGUUUCUCUCUCCCCCAAGGUGAAUGUGGCCCCCGCCUGCAUCAGGGCCCUGACUAAGAUGCUGUACUGUCCGUACUGCAGGGGCCUGCCUGGGCUGAAGCCCUGUCAUAACUACUGCCAUAAUGUGAUGAGAGGCUGUCUGGCUAACCAGGCUGACCUAGAUCCUGAGUGGAACCUGUUCAUAGAUGCCAUGUUGCUGGUAGCUGACCGGCUGGAAGGCCCCUUCAACAUCGAAGCCAUUAUGGAACCCAUAGAUGUGAAGAUCUCUGAAGCCAUCAUGACCAUGCAAGACAACAGCAUGACAGUUUCAGCUAAGGUGUUCCAGGGGUGUGGUCAGCCCAAGCCGUCUGGGAUGGGCAGCAGCAGAUCAGCCAGGGGGAUCUCUGAUGUCUUCAACGCCCGAUUCAGACCCUACAGCCCAGAGGAGAGACCCACCACGGCCGCUGGCACCAGCCUGGACAGACUGAGGACAGUGUGGAGGACAAUGCAACACAGCGUAAGCCUUCCUUCCAAUCCGCCUCUUACCUCAUCUCAUCAGUCUGGUGGAUCUGUCCUCUUCCUACUUGUCAAAAUUACUCUCAGAGAGAUAUCUGUAAUGUCUGAUGCUGCUACAGGAGGCUGUCGUCUAGCUGAAGUGUCUGAUGCUGCUACAGGAGGCUGUAGUCUAGAUGUAGUGUCUGAUGCUGCUACAGGAGGCUGUAGUCUAGCUGAAGUGUCUGAUGCUGCUACAGGAGGCUGUAGUCUAGCUGAAGUGUCUGAUGCUGCUACAGGAGGCUGUAGUCUAGAUGUAUAG